AUGAAUCCCAUUGAGCUGAGUAAGGCACUGAACUUUGAAGACAACGGUAGUAUGGUACUGCCAAUGUUAGGAUGCCCCUGCUGGAUGUUCGUCCAAACCUUAUCCUACUUCAGCCUCAAGUUCUCCCAGCUCUCAGUCAUCCCGACUUGGACCAACGUUGCUUCUGAGACACGUCAAAUUCAUACGCAAGACUUUGUCUGUCAAUGUCGUGGCACCCACCCAAUGUUGUGGUACACUAUGCUCGACAGCCUCACUUGCCCCAAGUAUAUGAGACCUAUGAAUGUUGGCACCCGUUUCUUCAUGCUGCCCUCAUGCUCACUCUCACGCACGUUCUCAUCGGGGUUCUGUAAAUUGGACGACCCUCUCACCCUGUGUUUCCAUGCACAGUGCAGAUACCACAGUCUCCAACUUUUGCUUCUCACUGUACGUGGCUGCCUGAUUGAUGCACCGCAGCGCGCCAAGUCUUUGGUGAUACCUUCCACCUCCACGUCUUGCUCUCCAACCUACUCCUUUGAACCCAACGAAUUCCAUCACCCUCAACAUCCCCGCCAUCCUUUCCGUUCCGCGGGGCUAAUGCUUCUUGUCAUACGUGUCACUGCAAGAUCACCACAUCCUUUCUGCAUCAGACGCCCCAAAAUUGACCGGCCACUAUCCUUCUACGCCCAUCCGAAGCAACUCAUAGAUGCUGCGACUAGCACAACCGCCGUGUUCUUGAAUAGGGCCGACGUACUCACCGGUAACGUCGCACCGGAAGUCUUUCUGCUCGAACCCCAAUUACCUGCUGCAAGGCUUCGUCUGAAUCGGCUCUUGACGUGCCGUCGAUGCAACGGCCCUCCAGCUGCGAGAUAA